UGAAAUAGCGGAAGUGAGGUAAUAGGUUAAUCGAGGUCACCUCUAGGUGAAGGGUACACCCCUUUGUGGCGAACAGGAAGAUGGCAUCGGGAGAGGCUGCUUUCGAGGGAAUUUACAGACAGCUGGACCCCUGGGGCCAUGGAAAGGUUGAUGCAGGUGAAGCAGCCGCAUUCCUGAAGAGGUCAGGUCUGAGGGAGAGUGUCCUUCAUAAGAUAUGGAACCUUGCAGACCAGGAAGGGGCUGGCUACCUGGACAAGAAAGGUUUUAUUGUAGCUCUUCAGCUGGUGUCCCUGGCUCAACAUGGUCAGGAUGUCAGCGUGGAAAACCUGUCCUCCUCCAUUCCACCUCCUACCAUGACAGAGAAUGUUCCUGGCAGUUCCAGAGCAGCCUGGGCCAUCAAGACAGAGGAGAAGCUGAAGUUUGACACCAUUUUCGAGACAUUGGACCCUGUGAAUGGUAUCCUGACUGGAGACAAAGUCAGACCAGUUCUCUUGAAUUCCAAACUUCCUGUGGAAAUACUUGGAACAGUUUGGGACUUGAGUGACAUAGACCAGGAUGGCUGUCUGGAUAAAGAAGAAUUUGCUGUGGCGAUGCACCUGGUGUACCGUGCACUGGAUAAACAGCCGGUCCCCACCACCCUUCCACCAGAGCUCAUCCCACCCUCCAAGAGAGGCCCCAGCCCUGGCCUGGCUCCUGGUCCAACUCCUGCACUUACAUCUCCAGCACAUGCUCUACACUCACAGCCCGCCCCGUGGGUGGUGACACCUGGUGACAAGAUGAAGUAUGACAACAUCUUCAGACAGGCAGACCUGGACAAGGACGGGUUCGUGAGCGGUGGGGAGGUCAAGGAUGUCUUCAUGCAGUCUGGAGUUCCUCAGAACGUGCUGGCACACAUCUGGACUUUGUGUGAUGAGAAGCAGGCUGGGCUCCUCAAUACUGAACAGUUUGCUCUGGCCAUGUGGCUGAUUCAGCAACAGGUGAAGGGUAUUGACCCUCCCCAGCAGCUGUCCCCAGAGAUGAUCCCCCCGUCCUCCCGCCAGGCCAAGUCUGCCGGCGCUGACGUCACCACCAUCGCCAAGGAGAUGGACGUCAUCGGUCGGGAGAUCCAGGACCUCACCAGAGAACAGGAGAGUCUACAGUCAGAGAUCACUGACAAGCAGCAGCAGAUCCUGGACAUCAAUAGUCUUCUGAUGAACCUGGAGGUCGAGGCGAACCAGAGUCAGACCACCCUUCAGCAGCUGGAGAAACAAAAGGCCGACACACUCCUGCCUGUGCAGAAACUGGACAAGCAGGAGGCGGAAGUUGAGAGGCUGCUGGAGGAGGUGAAGAGACAGUGUCAGGAGGAGACUCAGCUGGUCAGCAGGCUGCGGUCUCAGCUCACAUCACAGGAGUCAUCUGUGCAAAACCAGGAACAGCAACUCAACAAGGCCCGUGUGGAGUUGAACAACCUGCGAUCAGAAGAGGCAAACCUGGAGCAGAAGUUGGAGACAGGGAAGAUCCGGCUGGAGGCGACCAUCACGGCAAUCAGAGCUGCACACACGGAGAUAGCACAGGUGCGAGAGCAGUUGUCCAAGCUGCAGGACACCCAGAGGAACCUGAGCACGCAGGUCGGGCCGGGGGGAGUCGGGGACAUCGGCCUCAUGACAGCCACAACCACCUCCUCAUCAUGGGACACUGGGGCUAGUGAUCCCUUUGGUAGCAAGGACCCCUUUGCAACAACUGGAAAUGGUAGCAAGGAUAUCUUUGCAACAACUGGAAAUGAUUACAAUGAUCCAUUUAAGGCAGAAGAUCCUUUUAAAACAGACGUGUUCCAGUCCAGUGUUGCUGACCCUGGCUUUUCCACGGACCCGUUUGGUGAUGAUCCCUUCAGUGGGAAAGACCCCUUUGGUGCAGAUACAGGAAAUAUUAAGCCAUUUGAAGCAGAGCCAGAGCCAGUACCAUCACUUCCACCCAAAAAGAACCCCCCUCCCCGUCCGGCACCCCCUCGGCCUGCCCCUCCCCCUGUAACAACAGCAGCACCAGCGGAGAUGGACCCCUUUGGCAGUAGCCAAUCAGCAAGCUUGGAUAAUGAUCCCUUUGCCAGCAGCCAAUCGGCAACCAUGGACAAUGAUCCCUUCGCAAGUAGCCAAUCGGCAACCACAGAGAAGGACCCCUUCAGUAGCAGCCAAUCAGAUCCCUUCAAUUUUGGUGCUACGGACGACCCCUUCUUCUCGGGAGCCAAGUCGUCAAGCGACACGCUUGUCAACGACCCGUUCAGCAGUGGCGGGGAUCCAUUCCAAAGUAGCGGCAACACUCAGUCCAGUGCUGGAGACUUCUUUGCAGACUUUUCUGGUUUUGGCAAGGUAACAGAGGAGGACCAGCUGGCCUGGGCGAGGUCUGAGAGCGAGGCAGAACAGAAACGUCUGGAGCAGCUCCAGAAGCAGGAGCAGGCGGACAUGGAGCUGGCCAUGGCACUCAGUAGGGAGGACUCCAAGAACGGCACACCAUGAGCUAUACACUCCAUAGGGGGCCACCUCCAAACUAUAGAUAUAUCAUUGAUGUCGUCCAAGAAGAUUGAGAUAUUGUCUUGUGAAUUCCAAGUGCUUAGUAGAGUAUUAAAUGUCAUUUAUGAUGCAUUUACUAAAAAAAACAUUGUCAUACAUUGUGAGAAGCCAUGUCUGUAUA